AGCUUCUCGCAAAUCCUAAAAAGGAACCGCUCCAAGAUCUUAGACGUAAACUGUUUUGAGACAAAAUCACAAAAAUUGACCGCAGAUAAGAGUUCAGUGAUGUAGAUUGAAUUAAUUUUUUUGUGAAAAGCAAUGAGUACUGCCCCUGCCAAAUAACAGCGAUAAUGUCUCUGCAGAAUAAUAGAUACUAUGCUAUCAUUGUGGCCUGAUUAGUUUUCUAUUUAAAACUUAUUCAGUUUACUCGUCUUGUACUUGCUACAGCUCACAGAAAACCAACAUUUUUUCCAAUUACCUGGUUAUUCAUCACAGUAAAAAGACCCUGGAAAAACAAUGUACUUAUUGCAUAGAUCCUAAAAGAAGACAUCUAAUAAUGUAGAUUUAUUUUGAGCAAAACUUAAAGUUCACUGUGCACUUAAGUCAUUCAAGGCCAUUUUUGUGGCUGAGUUAUCUCUUUAAAAGAUCAUAAUCGAACCAAAUAUUUUAUAACUUUUAAAGUGAAGGAGCGAUGAGGAAAUCCUAAAGUUAUAAAAAAUAUGUAGGUAACCAUAGAUCAAUCGUCCAAGGAAGAUUAAUUGAUAAACUGGUUUACGCUUCCUAACUCAAUAGAUUUUGGAGCUAUUCUACAUGUACCUCCUUACAACCUUUUUGCCAACAUAAUGCACUUCACUCCUUUUUUUGCCUCUUGAGGUUUGCUAGACAACAUUGCUAAGCAGCUUUUGUCCCUUAUAGAAGAUAUCUUAUCGGUUUAUUUAUUAAACUGCUUGUGCAAGUUCUUAGUGAAACAUGCAUGCAUCAAGUCCCACAAUGGUACGUCAGCAACACACAAGUUACUUAAACUGAUGCUGUUUCAGAAGUAAACACCAUUUUAUUGGACAAAUGUUUCUGAAAUACUAAAUACGGCUUUAAAAGGGACAGAAAUAGCUUAGGAGCUGACGUCAGCCAUAUAUUUCCCCAAAAAAUGUUUUGAACUUCUAUUUGAAAGACAAAUAAGGCUUAAAUAAAUUUUAUUGUAUUUUGUUUGCUGAACUGAGGGGUGAUUUAGUUUAAUUUUGCUUCAAUUUGGGGUCCUCAAAGGAUAUUUUGAGGAAAAGGGGGUUUGCAAAGUCAUUUUCGUUUCAUUUCCUAAAACUUAAAAUGGAAAAUCAAUAUUUAAGCUUUUCGCACUGUAUUGAUGAGACUUUUUUCCCUACAAUUUAAGAGUAAAAGUAAUAUUUGCUUUUUGUAUUAAUUUUUACCCUGACACAACAAAUAAGUUUUAUGAACAGUAAAUUCACGGUAGUGAUCAUGAAAAUAUGUGAGGAGUUUAAAAAUUAAUGAGCUCAACUAGUUCACUUUGUUUCUUAGACUCAAUUGCAUUUUGGAGUUCUUUCUGUCUCUUUUAUCAGUGAGUCCCAGCUGGUAUGAUAUUCCUGUAAACGUACAUUGUUAAUACUGCAUUGUUAAUCAACUUUUAAUGCCUAAAAUGAGAAGCAAAAUGAAAAAAAGACUAAAGUCAGCUAAGUUUAAUAAUUUUCCUCUAGUUUCUGUAUUAUUCCAAUGCUAAUGUUUGUUCACCUCUGAUACAGAAUAUCUUGAAAUUAAUAUUUCUACAAUUUUUAUUUCAGUAAAUAUUUGUCGUCUAUGGUAAAAGAAGUCUUUUCUCCUUAACGAUAUAGUUUAGUAGGUAGUUUCAGAAAGAUAAAAUAAUAGUGCCAUUUUUUUUAGACUUUCAAACCCAAAUAUCGCCAAGGCCCAAUAGCGUGAACUAAUCGUAAGAAGUUCUUACCAAACAGAAUUUCUAUGUCCUAGAAAUCAUUGGUGUUUUAUUCCUCAUUCUAUUCAUGAUUAUAUUUGGAGAGAAAAAGUAAAAUAAGUCAAAUUCUGAUCUCAUUCAAUAUUUUACGUUUUUGGACUUGAGGGACGAUGUUUUGAAGUUUGAUCUUCUUAUUUAAGGUAUAAAAGUAGACAUCUGAAAAAAAUUCCGCAAGUUUAAUUGAUGUAUGUCAGAAAGAAUAGAAGAAAAGAUCAGAAUGAAAGAAUAGAAAAGUUUGCCGUUUUAUCAUUCUGUUAAUGGGGAAAGAAGAUACUGCAAGGUUUAACUCACUCUCAACAGCUACACUCAAAAUGACCUCAAUGGAUUUCCAAAUCUUUUUAGCUGUUAGAUUGUAUCUUGCUACCAGGAGGAAUUUUGUCUGAGGUGAAUGAUGUCCUUUAGACCGCCUCAAAAACGAACAUCUUUAUCUGGUGGAAAUUUAAGUGAUGAUGAGAAGCAAAAUAUCUACCCUGAAACAAAACGAUCAAAUGUUUGGGAAAACAGCAAUGGAUUAGAUAUAAAAAGCCCUUUAGAAAAUGGACAAAGUAUGAUCAUACCUUUACGAAGAGCUUCGCCAGCUUCUACAUAUUCCAUAGAUAGCAGUUCAGGCAGCAACCGUACAUUUAUAAUUCAAGAAGAUAAUGACAACGGAGACUCUGUUAUCGUUGAGACUGGUAAUCUGGUACACUCCCCGGCUAAGAGGGCCAAUGAGCAAUUGUGUGAGGUGGACAUCCAUGACUUUUCUCAAUCAAAGCCCAAGAGUAUCACCUCAGAGAAAACUCCUGAAGAUACCACUCAGAAUAAAGCAGAAAGUCCUUCCAAAGACAGAAUCCCUCCGGCGAAGCUAGCAGAAGUCUUCAUCAUGAAUGAGCUCAGCAGUGCUUCACAAUCUGAAACCUCCAACAAACCACCAGUACCACUGCCUAGAAAAAGCUGUUCAACUCCACGAAGUGCAGGCUCUGCACAAGUUUUGAAAGAUAAUGAUACUCCAGAAACGAAUGGACAAGCAAUCAUCAGUGUCUCAAAACAGUCUGUAGUUGCCUUUUCCAAUCAUGAAGAUGAUAUCAGUCCUCCAAUCAAAAGGAAGCCUAAACCAAGAAGAAAAAAAAUGAAAAAAUUACAAGAAGCUGAAAAUGAUAUGAUAGAACUUGGCCCUCUUUCCAAGGAAGAUCAAGUUUCAUCUGAAAUCAUCGAUGAAAAACAGCAAUGGAAAAACGAGGCCUUUCAACUAAACACAGACUGUCAUUCAGAGAAAAAUAUUCUGGGAGUAAUAAUUCAUGGCUGUGAUGGACUAGUACCUGAUCUUUUAGUGUGUCAUCCAUUAGUUAGAGUCUACGUUGUCGAUCAAAACACAGGAGAAUUUCUCAAGAGAUCCAUGCCUGAGAAGCAAUCCAAUCACGAUCCAGCCGAAUUUAUCCUUCCUCUCAUGACUCAACCUUUUGAUUUUUACAACAAAAAGUCAAUCGUACCAAAAUGGGAAGAACUACUUCUUUUCAAUGAAGCACCUGAAACCCUUCUGAAGCCGACGACUCUAUUUUUGUUUGAAGUAAUUGACUUACUUAGUUUUUCGUUAGCAGACUGUCAAUAUGCACAGUUUGGGUCGGAAUCUGCAUGGCAUCACAUUGCAUGGGCAUUUCUCAAGAUCAUGAAUGAGCACAGUCACUCAAAUCUGAAUAAGAAGCUGAGACUUCAGUUAUUUCAACCAAAGCACAGAACUUUAUCUCAGUCCAAGUCGAAGCUUCCUCAUCUGUUUUGGUGGUAUAAGAGCCGCUGUUUCAAACCGUAUCCUAGCACUCUUUAUGUCACUGUUAAAACGAUGCCCAUAUUGAGUGAGUUCACCAGUGGCCUAAAGUCUAGUAUUUCGUCAUCUCAAGAAAUGAGGCCCACUGAUGGGUUACAGUCAUUGAAAUUUUUUCAUUCAGAGUCAAAAGACAAUGAAUGUUUAGCUGGGAAUCUCACAGACCAAGUGCUUCCAGAUGUCAAAUGGACUCGUUUAAUUGGCCAAUCUUGCAAACUACCCAAUUCAAAACUUCUUUCACUCAAUAUUCACAAUCAUGGUGCGCUCUCAGUUCAAUUUUCAUGGUCCGGUCUACUGCUUGCAUCUGCUGCAUCUUCGCAUAUUUAUAUCCACACAAUCCCACAUGGUCAAUUGUUUUGUCUCCUAUCAGGCCAUCAAGGUUUAGUUUACUCAUUACGAUGGAGCUCAGAUGAUAGUCUCCUGCUGUCAGCAUCCGCUGACUGCACGGUUUGCAUUUGGCAUAUUCUGGAAGUCAAGAAACCUAAACUGCUACAGAUGCUUCCUCAUCCCUCAUAUAUUUACUGUGCAAUUUUCAUCAACAAGUAUAUUGUAGUCUCUGGUUGCUGUGAUGGUGUCAUUCGUUUGUGGCUGUGCACGAAGAAAAUUGGUGCAUUCGAACUUAGUCAGGAACUCAGCGUCCACUGUGGAUUUGUCAACUCAAUCUGUUAUAGCGAUGGUAUCUUGUACAGUGCUGAUAGUGUGGGUGUCAUCAUUUCCUGGAUUUCUCAAGAUGAUAGGUGGAUUUUAUCUAAAGAGUAUAUUGUGUCUGAAUUGGCUGGAAUUAAUAUUAAUAACAUCUUAAUGCACCCUGGUGGAAAAAGAAUGAUCAUUCAUUCUCGUGAUAGUCAGUUGCGAAUGAUGGACCUGGCAACCGGUGCCAUCAUCCAGUGGUAUCAAGGUUGUCUGAAUGAAAAAUUACAAACAGGCAGUUGUCUCUCUCAGUGUGGAGGCAUCUUAUUUGCUUGGAGUGAGGAAGGCAUCCUAGUGGCUUGGAAUACUGACACUGGUGAGCAAAUCGGAAUUUAUUCUGAAGAUAAUUUCACAGCAGGUUGUGGCUGCAUUCACUACCACCCUCAUGAUCAUAUUGCAGCCUUCUCUGUUCACUCCGUCAGGAAUAAUUCAUCCCUUGUUGUGGGGCAUUAUCAGCGGGGAAAACCAAUCAACGGCAUCGGAUUAACCUUGGUACAGAAAAGUUCAUGCGAAGCUCAAGAUGUUAAAUCACAAGGGAGACCAUUCAAAUGGGAAAAAUUAUACUCCCAAGCACUCGCGGAGCAGCCUUCAUUUUCAAAACCGACCAAAGGAACAGCUCCUCCGACAAGAAUCACCAUUCAAAAUAUUAACUCCAAGACUGUUGAAACCCCCCAAAAAGUCGAAAAAAGUUCAAAAAAAUCUUUGUUUGCAAAAUCAAUUUCGAUUUUAAGCGGUUCCGAAUCCAAUUUGCUUAACAAAGAUAUUCUCCUAAAGACUGAGCGAAAGAAAAAAUCAGAGAAGUGGAAGAAGAGAGGAACCAAAAACAUGUCAAGCAGUGUGAAUUCGUCCUCAAACAGAAGUAUAUCUAUGUAUGACAAUCUAUCAUUUGAAAUGGGCAAUGAAGGUAUAAAUACAGGUAAUGUACUAAUUUCAUCUGAGCUUCCUGAUGACCUGAUACACGAUCAAAGAUUAGCCAAUAUUAUUCAUAAAAUUGAUAAAGUUUUGUUAAGUAGCCAGUGAAGUAUUUUGAGUUCGAAAAAUUAAACUUUAGUACAAUUCUAAUUUUAAGGAAAUAGUCUUCACGUGUUAAGUGAUUUUGAGUUUUCCAAUUUUUACUGUAAAUUAAAAUUUUUAAAAGAGAAUAGAAGGUGUCAUUUCUUAUUGAAUAAAAGAAGCAGCUCCACGA